AUGAAUAUUGAAGCAAUUGUACCAGAGUUAUUUGAAUCUUCUAAAAAAAUUUACUAUUGCCAGAGAUGUCUUAAUCAUGGAGUUUUUUUUGUACGAAAAACUCAUAAAAAUGAUUGUGACUAUAGAUACUGUACUUGUGAAGCUUGUUCUAUGGUUGAUAGGCGUAGAGAGUUAAAUUAUAAACUUAAUCAAAUUACUGCAUCUGAUAAUAAUUCAACUUCUAGUGAAGAACCUAUAACAUCUCUUUCUGUACCAUUAUCAAAUUUUAAUUCUUCAAAAAAUAAUAACUCUUCUAUUAAUACUGAAAGAUUACCACAUUGUCAGAGAUGUGCACAACAUGGUCUUCAGUCACGUUUAAAAGGUCAUAAAAAAUUAUGCCCAUAUCGUAACUGUGAUUGUGUUAAAUGUCAAGUUGUUGUAGAAAGGCAACGCCUAAUGGCUGAUCAAAUUAAACUUAGAAGAAGACAAAGAAAAGAAAAAGUUCGAAACCAAAAACCUGCUGUUAUCAAUAAGAAAUUGAGUAAUAAUAAUUUACCUUCCUCCUCACCAAUUAAUUCUGGAUUGUACCCAAAUAUAAUAAAUAAUUUUUCAUUGGCAUUACUGGGACAAAACUCGCAAGAACAACAUGAUUCUUCAUCCUCAUCACCAUCAAGCAUUUUCCCUUCAAUAAUGGUACCAUCAAAUUUUAUUAUCACAAAUCAAUUUCCCCUCCUUCCCAACACCAUUUCGUCAAAUUUUGGACCGCAACAAAAAAGCAAUCAUGAUUUUUUUCAACAACUGCAAAUUUUAUCACAAAAUCUUUAA